AUGGAGGAAAUUAAAAAAUGCGGGAAUUUUUCAGACCCUGGCAAGCCUGGCCCCUUCACCUGGGUUUUUAAACGAGUAUUAUUGUUACAGAGUCCCCCAGUUCCUCAAGGUGAUUUUCGGACAGCCAGGGGCCUGCAAAAAAGUGCGAACCUAUCCAUGUUUUUGGCCCCCCAGAAAAAAGAUCAGGGAUAUGUUAAGGAUGCUUCGGAAAAAUUCAAAACGGUACGUCUUAUACCCGCUGGAUUUGUACAACGACUCGGCGCAAUACGCUCUCACUGUUUCAAGAAACAGUUCUUGUACGACGAAGUCGAGGCUGAAGUCAACUUGUGUUUCGACCAGUUUGUCUACAAGUUGUCCGAACAAGUCUACUCGCAUUAUAAACAACUCGCUUCCAGGUGA